AUGAAGUGCACCCAUAUCACUCCGUCAUGUCCGGUCGAGGCAACGACAUACGGUUACUACCCGAACCUAGCGGCAAAUUGUCUUUACUUGUCCAUAUUCUGUAUCUGUGCUUGCUUGCAAGUCGGUCUUGGUAUCAAGGCUGGCGCAAAGACUUACACAGCCUUGACCACGAUCGGCUGCCUUGGCGAGGCUCUUGGUUAUGUGGGCCGCAUAAUGAUGCAUUCGAAUCCAUGGAGCAACAGCGGCUAUAUUUUACAAAUCCUUCUCCUGAUUCUGUCCCCCUCCUUUCUUGCGGCUGCCUUAUACUUCAACCUGAAAGCUGCCAUCAACCAUUUUGGCUCUGAGCACUUUAGAAUAAGUGCUCGUUUCGUCGCCCCAAUAUUCAUCACCUGUGAUGCUAUCGGGUUUCUUACUCAGGGUGUUGGAGGGGGUAUUGAGGCAUCAGGUAGCAGUGGAGGCGCAUCUCAGUCUACCACAGAUAUCGGAAACGAUGUUAUGAUUUUCGGCAUCUCCUUCCAAGCAGCUACUAUGGCAGUUUGCGCAGUCUUGUUCCUGGAUUACUUUAUAACCUAUCGAAAGGCCGGUAGAAAUCGCUCAAACAUGCAUUUCUCGGGGGCGAAUUCCCUCUCUCAGAAGUUUUACAUCACCUGCAACAUCGUGGCCUUUUCUACUAUUCUUAUCCGUUGCAUCUACCGCAUACCGGAGAUGGCAGGUGGAUGGGGGAACCCGAUCAUGAGGAGCCAGGCUUUAUUUAUGAUCUUCGAUGGGGCCAUGGUAACUAUUGCGGCUAUUCUGAUGACUGCUGCUCAUGCUGAUCAAGCUCAAGAGGAGCAAUCUAGAUCCAUGGACAAUACAUGUUGA